AUGCACCGAAUUGCUCGUAUAACUCUUCCUCUAACGCGACACAAUGUCUGGUCAAGGAAUCUAAAGGCCCAAAGCCUACGUCACGUCUCAUUCACUCGCGCAAACCGCAAUAGCGACACUGGUUUCGUGGACAACAUCGACUACGAGGACUUUGGCAGCUACCGCAUCAUCUUACCAGAGGAACCGUUCGUCUUUGGUACUGCGCAUAUUAAACCGCGCAGUGUACCGCCGCAUAUCAAGAGGCCUUACUAUGCUUCAACGCCUACCGGCAACAAACCAGAGUUUCGAGGCAAGAUUCAGUUGGGAGGGGAGGAAGAGCAUAGGUUACGCGAGUCUGCAAAGUUGGCGAGGAAAGUGCGGGAGUAUGCGGGGAGUUUGGUUAAAGUAGGAAGGACUACGAACGAGAUAGAUGAAGCUGUUCAUGAGUUUAUUUUGGAGCAUGGGGCGUAUCCUUCGCCGUUGCUGUAUCAGGAUUUUCCGAGGUCGUGUUGCACUAGUAUCAAUAAUGUCCUUGUGCAUGGGAUACCAGACGAUCACCCAUUAGAGGACGGAGAUAUCAUCAACAUUGACGUGACUAUCUUCAAGGACGGAUAUCACGGUGACACCUCUCAAACCUUCCUCGUCGGGAACGUGGAUGAACAAGGGAAAAAACUGGUAUCAAUUACAAACCAAGCACUCAAUGCUGGCAUCGCAGCUUGCGGCCCUGGAAAGCAUUUCCGAGAUAUUGGCAAGGCUAUUCACGAUUUGGUCAAGGAUACGAAUUAUUGUGUGUCUUCCCAGUUUACGGGCCAUGGAAUUGGACCUGUGUUUCAUAGCCAGCCUUGGAUUUUGCAUCAUAAGAACGACGAACCGGAAAUUAUGGAACCUGGGCAUUGCUUUACCAUCGAGCCAUGCAUUAUACAAGGAACGAACCCGAGAGGAUGGAUUUUCCCUGAUGGCUGGACAGCAUCUACAGAGAACUGUGCGCGGGGUGCCCAAGCUGAACAUAUGGUACUAAUAACACCAACUGGAGCUGAAGUACUCACAUUAUGA